AUGGCCAAUCGACGCAACAAGACCAGACUCGAACUCACCUGGAUCGGCAAGGAAGACCGCCCCAGGCUGGAACCUCGCAUCCUGCUUGAGGAUCCCGAGAAGUCCUACCACGCCAGCGUCCGCCGACCCGGCGACAUCUUCGACAACAUGCUCAUCCACGGCGACAACCUGCUCGCCCUCAAAGCCCUCGAAAUCGACUUCGCCGGUCAAAUCAAAUGCGUGUUCAUUGAUCCUCCCUACAACACCGGCUCAGCCUUUGAGCAUUACGACGACGGCAUAGAGCAUUCGUUGUGGUUGUCACUAAUGCGGGAACGUCUAGAAAUACUGUCUCGAUUACUAACGGCUGAUGGGUCAAUCUGGAUCACGAUCGAUGACACAGAAUCACAUUACCUGAAGGUUGUGUGCGAUGAAGUGUUUGGACGGACAAAUUUCAUUGCGAAUGUGGUAUGGGAAAAGACGGCGGGAAGAAAGAACGACACUUAUAUAUCCACUGCUCAUGAUCACAUUCUGGCUUAUGCGAAAGAUUUGAGCGUCUGGCGCAAGACGCGAAACUUGCUUCCACGGAGUGAUAGUCAAUUAGCCCGAUACCAGAAUCCUGACGAUGACCCACGAGGCCCAUGGAUACAAGGGGCUGAUAGUACGGCAAAGAGCGGUUCGGAUAGUUUGCUUUAUGAAGUGGAAUUGCCAUCCGGGCGCAAGGUCCGACCCCCGAAAGGUAACUACUGGCGAUUCUCAAAAACGAGUUUCGACAAAGCCCUUGCUGAGGACCGGGUCUACUUUGGCAAAAACGGCGACAGUUUACCAAUUGUAAAGAAGUAUCUUAGUGACGUGCAAGACGGACUGGUUCCGAGAACUUGGUGGCCAUCAUCCGAAGUGAAUUCAAACCAAGGGGCUCGGCGCGACCAUCUUCGAAAGCUGCUCCCUGAUAUUGAGCCAUUUGCCACACCUAAACCUGAGGAAUUGAUACGCCGUAUAGUCCAGAUCAACACGAAUCAAGGUGAUAUCGUUCUCGAUUCCUUUGCUGGAUCGGGUACAACUGGGGCCGUCUGUCACAAACUUGGACGCAAGUGGAUCAUGGUGGAACUCGAAGACACCUGCGAUACUCAUAUCCUUCCAAGACUGACAAAAGUAAUUGAUGGUGAUGACCAUGGCGGAAUUUCUGGCGUCAAGGAAGUUGUCUGGGAAGAGAAGCUGACACCGACAAAGCUGAAGAACAUGGAACCAAUUCUGGAGGCACUAAACGCUGCCAAAGAGAAAGCUGGGGGCCAGUUUGCUAGUUUUUCGACGAAGGUAGAGAGUAAUUUUCUGCGGCUCUAUGGAAUCAUUGGCCCUGAGAAAAUGCCUCUUGGCGGCGGUGGCUUCCGUUACUACCAACUCGCCCCGUCGCUACUCCAGAAAGACGACUACGACAACUGGAUCAUCAACAAAGACUACAACCCCGCCAUGCUUGCCGAAGCCCUCUGCAAAAUCGAAGGCUUCAAAUACGAUCCGAGUCCGGAGACCUACUGGCAGCAAGGCCGCUCGACGGAAACCGACUACAUCUACAUCACCACGCAGAUGAUGACGGCCGACAUGCUCCAGAAGCUUUCUGACGAGGUCGGUCCAGAUCGCAGCCUGCUCAUCAUGUGCAAAGCGUUUCGCAGCAAACGGGAAUGGGCAAACCUCACCGUCAAGAAGAUCCCCAAAGCCGUACUGUCCAAAUGUGAAUGGGGGCAGGAUGACUACAGCUUGGAAAUCAAAGAACUCCCCGUCAUCGAAGACGAGCCUGACGAUACCGAAGGCAACGCACAAGUCGAACCCAAAUCGAGUGGUAAAGCGAAAUCCAAACGACGAAAAGCCGCCGCAGUCGCAGGCGGAAACCUAUUCGAUACGGACGAAACUGAAGACGGGGAGGACAACUGA